AUGGAUCUAACACAAGUCAACACGGAAGGCUCGAAUGAGUCUAGAGAGUCUCAUAUUCUCAACCAAAAAGCAAAGAAGAAAACAACAUUUGCGACUGAAAAGCAUGUGGACAAAGAAGUGUCGCCCCCUCUACUCAUCCAGGCGCCUGUCCCAGGCUGUCGUGAUGUCGCCGGCACUGUUACUCGAACAUCAAACAGAGUAGUGGCCGCACAACCUGCUCCGACUCCCCGCACUGCACGAACGCCGCCAACGUUUCAAAGACAAAGACCACAGAGAGGUCGUAAAGCAGGCGGAGGGCCAGACAAUAACAGUGAUAGCGAGUCGGAUGGCGAAGAGCGAAAGCGCAGACGCAGUGAGGACACUGAUGGAACCGUCUCAAGGCGAAAUCCUCCCAAAGCUCCAGCUCCGCCCACAGAAGACUCAUACGGCAGGGAUACACGAGAGCUUGAACGUCUUAGAGAUGAGAAUAUGCGCAUCCAGCAGUUCCGUGUUUUGCGUCAACUCGAAGAGAAAUGGGAGGCGAUUGAUACACGUCUUCGGAUGCACCAAGCAGGGGCUGCAGAGAGGGUUAGGGAUUUGAUCCGGCUUCGACAGCAGCAAAGACAUGCCCGGGCCCCUAUCAAGAAGAGAGUUCUAGAAAGAAACCAGGACCUCCAAGAAUACCUCGAAGAAAUCUUGUACGGAGUCAUCAAAGAAGAUGAAGAUGAAGCUGAACGGACCGAGCUGGAUGAUUUGGAAGAAAUUGUCGAGCGAAUCGAGUCUGAGCUCGUCAAUCGAAUCAGCCAUUUCGAAGACUGGAAGAUCCAAAAACUCGAUUCUCAUGACCGGAUCAUCAGGGCAUUCGAUCGAGCCGAGAAGGAAUUGUGGAAAUUGCCCGAGCUGCGGGAUGCAAUCGCUAAUGAUGCAAGUCGCGACGCUGCGUCAUUCAAUCGAAGCAUCAAAAGCGUUGUCAAUUCUUUCAUUCUUAAGGACGCAAGUCUACCCGAAGGAACGCAGAAAACUUUCAUUGAUCAUCUGGUCGAUGCCUGUUGGAGUGAAAUCAUCUCAAGCAUUGUGGAGGCAAUACUAUCCGUCGACACGACCGACUUACUGGAGGGGUCGCCCACUGGUGCCUGGUUAGCACCAUUUGAGACCUCGCGAAUGAAUCACAAGUCGACUGCUGCAUAUCGACGAUGGCUGAUCGGAGACUUGACAUCCAGAGGUUGCCGGCAGUUAUGUCUUGACUUGCAUCGUUUGAAAAGGCAAGAGACUGUGAGAGAGUACCGAACCUGCAUGGAAACGGUCAAGAUGAGCGUCAGACAAGAAUUUUGUUGUGGAGCUGUACGACCGGAUGAGGUUUCGCUUAUUCUUAUGAAAGGAAAUCAUCUGACUGGUGUCAGAACCGUAUCUCCAUCGAUGCUCCAGAUGCUAGGCUGGUUCUAUGACGUGGCUUCAGAGAAUUACUGGAGAUGCACGAUAUUUGAGACGUCGGACCGACGCAAAGAGUUGAUCAAGAUGAGCAUGGAUGGUGAGAUUCUUGGCCUCUUUUCUAUGGAUGCGAGGUCGUACCCAAUGUGUCUCGAGUAUCAAAGGCAUGGGAAAGACUCCAAUUUCGUGGUGCGGCCGUUGGGCGAGUUGGAACUGAUAGCCCUAGAUCUAGUGUAG